AUGAAUGAUCGCUUCAUAAAUUUUGAUUGCCGUGCAGUGUUUAAAAAAGCUCUCACUGGUCUUUUCUUUCCACUGCUAGAAAUUGAUCCACGAUGAUUACCCAGACUGUGCUGCUUUUUCUGUGCGGUUGUUAUGUAAACUGUGCGUCUGCAAAAAGCCUUGAUAUUGACGAAUUAGAACGGCAACUCAAUAGACUUCAUGAAGCAAUUGUGAAUGUUACGAAGGAAAAUAUAUAUGUCCGACAAAACAUUUCUAAUCUUGAAUGGUCCUUUAAAAAGAAUGUGACAGAAUUGGAGAUUCAAAAUGCAAUUGUCUCAGAGGAAGUUCUAAAGAAGAUAGUGAAAAUCAAAAAACAAUACGUAGUUCUGACGGACCUCAUAGAAAAGAAAAAGCUUCUCGAUACAGAAAUUAAAGAACUUCAACACUGGAUAGAAGUAAGAAAUUUGGGCAUCAUGUUUAUGAAUCAAGACAUAGAAGUGUAUAACUGGAGAAUAGGACACGGUUAUUCUGAGAAAUGUAUGCAGUUCCAAGUGUUGCUAGUUGAGCAGCCAGACGAAGAUGAAGACGUGUCGGAUGAUGAAGACGUGUCGGACGAUGAAGACGUGUUGGACGAUGAAGACGUGUCGGACGACGACCUGCAAAUGGUCUUUUUGCUUCAAAACAGAUUGAAUCAAUCUAAGUCAAAAUUGACCUACUUACAGUCUGUACAGAAAGAACUAAAAUUGAAAUUGGAUCAAUUGACUCCAUUAUACGAACUUAAAAUUGAUAAUUUAUUAAAAUUACUUGAGAGAAACAUAGGAGAUGAAGAACUCGCGAGAGAAACUGAGAAGAAAACAAAAACGCAGAUUACGGAAUUGAGUGUUAGAAUAUCAGAGUUAGAAUUGGAAAAGAAUAAUUUGAUAAAGGAGCAAGAAAAAAUUAAGCAUAAAGUAGAUGAUAUAAGAGGUACUCUCUUAAAAAUUAAGGAAGAAAUUGCUUGCUUUCAUAAACUGGAACAGACAAUCUUGAAUACAACUCCUGUGCCUCACUCAGUUGAUACACAAGUCACUACCUCCACUCCAGUCACAGCCUCUAUUCCAGUCACGGCCUUUAGUCCAGUCACGGCCUCUAGUCCAGUCACGGCCUCUAGUCCAGUCACAGCCUCUAGUCCAGUCACAACCUCUACUCCAGUCACGGCCUCUAGUCCAGUCACGGCCUCUAGUCCAGUCACGGCCUCUAUUCCAGUCACAGCCUCCACUCCAGUCACAGCCUCUAUUCCAGUCACGGCCUUUAGUCCAGUCACGGCCUCUAGUCCAGUCACGGCCUCUAGUCCAGUCACAACCUCUACUCCAGUCACGGCCUCUAGUCCAGUUACGGCCUCUAGUCCAGUCACAAGCUCUACUCCAGACACAACCUCUACUCCAGACACAAUCUCCACUCCAGUUACAACCUCUAUUCCAGACACAACCUCCACUCCAGACACGACCUCCACUCCAGACGCAACCUCCUCUCCAUACAUAACCUCCACUCCAUACAUUCCAUUCACGGCCUUUAGUCCAGUCACGGCCUUUAGUCCAGUCACGGCCUCUAGUCCAGUCACAACAUCUAUUCCAGUCACGGCCUCUAGUCCAGUCACGGCCUCUAGUCCAGUCACGGCCUCUAGUCCAGUCACAACCUCUACUCCAGACACAAUCUCUACUCCAGACACAAUCUCCACUCCAGUUACAACCUCUAUUCCAGACACAACCUCCACUCCAUACACGACCUCUAUUCCAGACGCAACCUCCUCUCCAUACAUAACCUCCACUCCAGUCACAGCCUCUAUUACGGUCACGGCCUCUAGUCCAGUCACGGCCUCUAGUCCAGUCACAACCUCUACUCCAGACACAACCUCUACUCCAGAUACAACCUCUAUACCAGACACAACCUCCACUCCAUACACGACCUCCAUUCCAGACGCAACCUCCUCUCCAUACAUAACCUCCACUCCAGUCACAGCCUCUAUUACGGUCACGGCCUCUAUUCCAUUCACGGCCUUUAGUCCAGUCACGGCCUCUAGUCCAGUCACGGCCUCUAGUCCAGUCACAACAUCUAUUCCAGUCACGGCCUCUAGUCCAGUCACGGCCUCUAGUCCAGUCACAACCUCUACUCCAGACACAACCUCUACUCCAGUUACAACCUCUAUUCCAGACACAACCUCCACUCCAUACACGACCUCCAUUCCAGACGCAACCUCCUCUCCAUACAUAACCUCCACUCCAGUCACAGCCUCUAUUCCAGUGACGGCCUCUAGUCCAGUCACGGCCUCUAGUCCAGUCACAACAUCUAUUCCAGUCACGGCCUCUAGUCCAGUCACGGCCUCUAGUCCAGUCACAACCUCUACUCCAGACACAACCUCUACUUCAGACACAAUCUCCACUCCAGUUACAACCUCUAUUCCAGUCACAACCUCCACUCCAGACACGACCUCCACUCCAGACGCAACCUCCUCUCCAUACAUAACCUCCACUUCAGUCACAACCUCUAACUCUACUCAGUUUAUACUCAAGUCACAACCUCCCCUCCAGUCAUGGCGUCUAUUCCAGUCACGGCCUCUAUUCCAGUCACAGGGUCUAUUCCAGUCACGGCCUAUAUUCCAGUCACAGCCUCUAUUACAGUCAUGGCCUUUAUUCCAGUCACGGCCUGUAUUCCAGUCACGGCCUGUAUUCCAGUCACGGCCUGUAUUCCAGUCACGGCCUGUAUUCCAGUCACGGCCUGUAUUCCAGUCACGGCCUGUAUUCCAGUCACGGGUUGUAUUCCAGUCACGGCCUGUAUUCCAGUCACGGCCUGUAUUCCAGUCACGGCCUCUAUUCCAGUCACGGCCUGUAUUCCAGUCACGGCCUCUAUUCCAGUCACGGCCUCUAUUCCAGUCACGGCGUCUAUUCCAGUAACGGCGUCUAUUCCAGUCACAACCUGCACUCCAGACACAACCUUCACUCCAGUCACAACCUCUUCUCGAGUCAUAACUUCUGUUCCAGUCCCAAAUUAUAGUGAGUACAAAUAUAUUUGGAUUUUUAGUAGACUAAAAAGUUUUUAAUCUUGAAUUAAAUCUGAAUUAUUCAAUUCAA